GCGCCAGAGGGCGAGGCUUUGAUGGACACUCCCCAGUCGCAGGUCCUGGGAAGCUAACUUGCGAGUGGCACUUGUUAAGUGCUGUCCGAGAAUCGUCCAGGUUUCUAGGCUCCCUCGAGGUGUUUAGCCACUGCUGGAAAGUCCAAGCUAAAGAUGCCGGUGAUGAAUCACCUGAGAGUGUUUCUGCGCUCGUCUCCCUGUACAUUGCUGUGGAGAAGGUUCCAGGUUCCGAGGUCUGUGCCAGUGCGGCCCUGCAGUCUUUACACCUGCACUUACAGAACCCGGAACAGAGCCUUACCUCCACUCUGGGAGAACGUGGACCUUGUUCCUGCGGGUGAUCGGCAGUCACCCAUCAACAUCCGAUGGAGGGACAGUGUUUAUGACCCUGGCUUAAAACCACUCACUCUCUCUUACGACCCGGCCACCUGCCUUCACAUCUGGAAUAAUGGGUACUCUUUCCUUGUGGAAUUUGAAGAUUCUACAGAUAAAUCAGUGAUUGAGGGAGGACCCCUGGAACACAACUACCGACUGAAGCAGUUUCAUUUUCACUGGGGGGCCAUUGAUGCCUGGGGUUCUGAGCACACUGUGGACAGCAAAUGCUACCCAGCAGAGCUGCACUUGGUACACUGGAAUGCAGUCAAAUUUGAAAGCUUUGAGGAUGCAGCACUGGAAGAAAAUGGUUUGGCUGUGAUAGGCGUAUUUUUAAAGCUAGGUAAACAUCAUAAAGAACUACAGAAACUGGUGGACACUUUGCCAUCAAUUAAGCACAAGGACACCCUGGUGGAAUUUGGAUCUUUUGACCCUUCCUGCCUGAUGCCUACUUGCCCAGAUUAUUGGACCUACUCUGGGUCUCUCACUACACCACCCCUCUCAGAGUCUGUUACCUGGAUCAUUAAGAAGCAGCCAGUAGAGGUUGAUCGUGAUCAGCUUGAGCAGUUUCGGACCCUGCUUGUCACUUCUGAGGGGGAGAAAGAGAAAAGAAUGGUGGACAACUUCCGCCCACUUCAGCCACUGAUGAACCGUACUGUCCGCUCCUCCUUUCGCCAUGAUUAUGUGCUCAAUAUACAAGCAAAACCCAAACCAGCAGCCAGCCAAGUCAACCCCUAAGAUGUUCAUACUUAGGCAGCAUCUUUCUUUAAUGUGUAUUAGCUUAAAAUCUUAGCUAGAUUAUUUUAAAAUGCUGCACUUAAUACUUAUGUGUAUACAUUUAUGUUUUUUUCCUUCUUUGGUUGUAACAUUUCUAAACUCCUAUCCUUGUAAGGCAAAGACAGGAAGACAAAACAAUACAAACAAAAACCCAUAACCAAAUAACAUCAGGUUACCUUAGACUACCUUUUUUUUGUGUGUGACAGGAUUAAGGCAGAGGAAUCUUUGUUACAAGGCCGGUUGAAAUGGCCUGUUUGGGAUUUUGAUGUUAAAUUUUGCCUAAUUUCUGUUUCUCAGAAAGUCAGAUAAACAGUUUAGUUUCUACUUGGUAAAAUGGAAGUGUGGUGUGAGUGACUCGUCUUGAUUUUUCUGUUCAAGCCUAAUACAAGAGGUUACCCACAGCAAGAGGUUCUUGUGAGUUUUCUUUAGUGACAUCACCCUUUUGUUUGAACCGUUAAAUGGUCUCAUCUCAUGGUAUUGGCCCCACUCUUAGCUACCAGCAUUUGGAGCUGCUGGUCUCAAAAUGACAUUCAAAGCUUACAAAUGCAUUUAUUGGUUUCAGAGUAUUUCAUCUGUCUUCUUUUAAAAAGAUAAGGUUUCUCUGUGUACU